AUGGUGGAGAAUGGUAAUGAUCCCCUGUGCAGGCAGCAAACAGGGAACCAGACUGAGAACCAGACCUGGAACCAGACCAGGAACCAGACCGGGAACCAGACUGGGAACCAGACCGGGAACCAGACCAGGAACCAGACAGGGAACCAGACUGGGAACCAGACAGGGAACCAGACUGGGAACCAGACCAGGAACCAGACUGGGAACCAGACCGGGAACCAGACUGGGAACCAGACCAGGAACCAGACUGGGAACCAGACCAGGAACCAGACUGAGAACCAGACCGGGAACCAGACUGGGAACCAGACUGGGAACCAGACUGGAAACCAGACUGAGAACCAGACCGGGAACCAGACUGAGAACCAGACCAGGAACCAGACUGAGAACCAGACCAAGAACCAGACCGGGAACCAGACCGGGAACCAGACCAGGAACCAGACCGGGAACCAGACAGGGAACGAGACCAGGAACCAGACUGAGAACCAGACCAGGAACCAGACUGAGAACCAGACCGGGAACCAGACUGGGAACCAGACCGGGAACCAGACCAGGAACCAGACUGAGAACCAGACCGGGAACCAGACCAGGAACCAGACCGGGAACCAGACCAGGAACCAGACUGGGAACCAGACCGGGAACCAGACCAGGAACCAGACUGGGAACCAGACCAGGAACCAGACCGGGAACCAGACUGAGAACCAGACUGAGAACCAGACUGGGAACCAUACUGGGAACCAGACCAGGAACCAGACCAGGAACCAGACUGGGAACCAGACCAGGAACCAGACUGGAAACCAGACUGAGAACCAGACUGAGAACCAGACCGGGAACCAGACUGAGAACCAGACCGGGAACCAGACCAGGAACCAGACUGGGAACCAGACCAGGAACCAGACUGGGAACCAGACCGGGAACCAGACUGAGAACCAGACCGGGAACCAGACCGGGAACCAGACUGGGAACCAGACCUCCCUCACUGCUUCCCAGUGCACCCCGAGCUCCUGCUCCCCUCUGCUCUUCCCUUCCCGGCUGUUUUAUGGCCCCAUCAGCAGUGCAGACCUGCAGGACGCUGCCCAUGAGAACAGCCCCCCAGAGAACAGCCCCAAGGAGAACAGCCCCACGGAGAACAGCCCCAUGGAGAACAGCCCCACAGAGAACAGACCCCCAGAGAACAGCCCCACGGAGAACAGCCCCAAGGAGAACAGCCCCACGGAGAACAGCCCCACAGAGAACAGCCCCAUGGAGAACAGCCCCCCAGAGAACAGCUCCACAGAGAACAGCCCCACGGAGAACAGCCUCAUGGAGAACAGCCCCACAGAGAACAGCCCCCCAGAGAACAGCCCCCCAGAGAACAGCUCCACAGAGAACAGCCCCACAGAGAACAGCCUCAUGGAGAACAGCCCCACGGAGAACAGCCCCACAGAGAACAGCCCCCCAGAGAACAGCCCCAUGGAGAACAGCCCCACAGAGAACAGCCCCCCAGAGAACAGCCCCCCAGAGAACAGCCCCACAGAGAACAGCUCCCCAGAGAACAGCCCCACAGAGAACAGCCCCAUGGAGAACAGCCCCCCAGAGAACAGCCCCAAGGAGAACAGCCCCACAGAGAACAGCCCCACAGAGAACAGCCCCACAGAGAACAGCCCCAAAGAGAACAGCCCCAUGGAGAACAGCCCCACAGAGAACAGCCCCCCAGAGAACAGCCUCCCGGAGAACAGCCCCAAAGAGAACAGCCCCAUGGAGAACAGCCCCAAGGAGAACAGCCCCAUGGAGAACAGCCUCCCAGAGAACAGCCCCACGGAGAACAGCCCCAAAGAGAACAGCCCCAUGGAGAACAGCCCCAUGGAGAACAGCCCCACGGAGAACAGCCUCAUGGACAACAGCCCCCCAGAGAACAGCCCCAAGGAGAACAGCCCCAUGGAGAACAGCCCCCCAGAGAACAGCCCCAAGGAGAACAGCCCCAUGGAGAACAGCCCCCCAGAGAACAGCCCCAAGGAGAACAGCCUCAUGGAGAACAACCCCCCAGAGAACAGCCCCACAGAGAACAGCCCCACGGAGAACAGCCCCCCAGAGAACACCCCAGAGAACAGCCCCACAGAGAACAGCCCCACAGAGAACAGCCCCAUGGAGAACAGCCCCCUGGAGAACAGCCCUCCAGAGAACAGCCCCACAGAGAACAGCCCCACAGAGAACAGCCCCACGGAGAACAGCCCCCCAGAGAACAGCCCCCCAGAGAACAGCCCCCCAGAGAACAGCCCCACAGAGAACAGCCCCAUGGAGAACAGCCCGACAGAGAACAGCCCCCCAGAGAACAGCCCCCCAGAGAACAGCCUCCCAGAGAACAGCCCCCCAGAGAACAGCCUCCCAGAGAACAGCCCCAUGGAGAACAGCCCCAUGGAGAACAGCCCCACAGAGAACAGCCCCCCAGAGAACAGCCCCACGGAGAACAGCCCCAUGGAGAACAGCCCCCCAGAGAACAGCCCCACGGAGAACAGCCCCAUGGAGAACAGCCCCAUGGAGAACAGCCCCCCAGAGAAUGAAGAAUUUGGUGAACCCCUCCCAGACUGCUCCAUGUCCCCAUUGAUGAAGAAUUUGGUGAACACCUCCCAGACUGUUCAUGUCCCCAUUAAUGAAGAAUUUGGUGAACCCCUCCCAGACUGUUCAUGUCCCCAUUCAUGA